UACUGCUUCGAUAAUAAUAGAAUUGUUGCAUAAAUUUGCCUAAUUUGUAUCAACAUAUGUCCCGUGUUUAUGCUGUGAUUGUGAAAUCGAUCGUCAGCUUACUUCUACAAUAACAAGAUACGAUGUCUAUUGAAACCUCGUACUCAACCCAUGGGAACUUUGAGGUCAGCUCUCCGAGUCUGCAUUCUAUACAGAUGCAUAACGAAACCACAAUGUUCGUGUUGCGGCAUGUAUCAGCGAUUUCAUCUUCCGUGACCUCGCAAAACUCAAAGGACAUUUUCGCCUCGUCUGAAUAUGACGCUCCAACAACUGACGCAAUGGCGCAAUCUUUGUACACCAACGCGUUUAAUGCAACGUAUUACGAUGUUUUUACCACGCAAUCGGAAUAUUUUAAUAACUCAAAUUCAACGUUAUCUUUUGAACAAUGCGAGGAAAAGCUGCAGGAGUUCAAAGCCGAGUCAAAUCUGGUAUUCGAUCGUAUCAACAUGGUUAGAGUUCUGGUCACGUGGAUAGUGUUCCUGAUGUCAACAAUCGGAAAUUCAUUUGUGCUUACAAGCGUAACAAUAAAGCGACGAAGAAGAAACAUUUCUCAUCCUCAGUUAAUGAUGAUGCAUCUGACUUUUGCUAACUUGGCGUUCACAUUCUUUAUUCUUCCAGUAGAUGCGAUAUGGAACACCACCAUGGAAUGGUAUGGAGGUGAUUUUCUAUGUCGGGCUGUCAAUGUUCUUCGACAAUUUGCAAUGUACAUUUCAUCAGCUAUGAUAGUGGUGAUGGGAAUAGACCGAGUAACUUGUUUGAAGUGUCCGAGGGCAUUGGCUGGUCAGAGGCAGCGGAUAACAAGGAUGUUGGCUAUUGCUUGGAUCUUUAGUUUUCUGAAUGCAAUUCCAGCGGGCGCCAUAUUUUCUGCAGUGGAGCACACACCAUAUCCUCGCUGUCCCGAGUCAAAAAUAACUCAGUGUCUGGAUUUGAAUGUGUUGGGACGAGCUAAUUUAGAAGCAUACUACGUUUACACCAUGUUCAUAUCUUUUUUUGGUCCCCUCAUCUGCAUCCUGAUAUGUUAUAUCAUAAUAGCUUGGGAAAUAUCAAAAAUGGCUCGAAUUUCAAAAGAAGCACAGAAAAGGUGUUCAAUAAAGCGAGGAAGCAAUAAAAGCGUAACCAGAAGAGGACUUGAUCGAGCUCGCAGAGUAUCACAGAUAGUUACUGGACUGAUAACAGUAACAUUUGUUUUAUGUUGGGGUCCUUACUACGUGGUGGGAUUUAUCAAUUGGUUCGAUAAGACGAAUCAUACGGGACCACAACCUCCGGAAAAGAGAUUAUCUUAUUCAGCGCAAGUUGUGAUGCUGAUGUCAAUGUAUUUAAAUCCUAUGUUACAUCCAGUAAUAACUGUUCUUUUGAUGAAAGAAGUUCGCGACAAUGUUUUAACACAGUGCCGAAAACCUAGUGGCUCACGGCGAAAACCAACAAGCAACAGGAAACCUGUGGGUGCGAUGGUAAAUUUAGAAAAGAAUGGUAAUAUGGAACUUAUUCCGAAAAACAAUGGGAACGGUAGUAAUAGACCGCCGAGACAUUGGGUAUAACAAAAAAAAAGUAAAACAAACUUGUGAAAAUUUCGCGAAGUUUCGCGUUAAAUUUGCACCAUUUUCUUUACCAGUUGUCUGCCUUCAAGAGCUUCCAUUGACCUUACCAGUCAUAUAAUGCAUUUGUUUUAAUAAAAGAAACUGAUAAAAACGCAAUUUAAUUUUGCAGUAUUUAUAUUUAUUUACAUAUUAGUGGCACUAUCACAACGCAGUAGAAUUACCAAGACACGCAUAACUGUAACAAACCACACAUACCAACUUUUUAGUUUCCCCUGUUUUCUAUCGAUUUUUUUUUCAAACCAAGUCCAGAUGUAGCCCUGUAAAACGAAGUAUUACUAACUUUUUUUUCAUUUUUAAAAAUUGUCAAUUUGGUCAAUUUUCAAAAAAUUUAUCUUUCGCUUCUUAAGAAACCAUAUAUAUAUAUAAUGUAAUGUUUCAGACUUUUUCCAACAGAACAAGAUAACUUUAGUAUAUGGUAAAGAUUUUAUGUUUUUGAAGGGCUAGAACUUUAGAGUUCAGCACAUAUGAACUACCAAUUUAUUGCAAUAGAGUUGUGAUGGGUAUUGGUUUCAAACCCAGAUCUUUGGUAUGCGACGCAAACUUAGUUGGGCUACCAGGCUAGCUAUUAGGCUGUCUUGCCCUUUCGACGGCCGGUCUGAUUUACCCUCAUUUCGUGUUAAUACAGGAUAUGCUGGCAAUUUUACACAAUUUUUGAUAACUUACAUUGCACCAUUUUUUGGCCAUUUUAAUCCGCCUUCCAUUAUUUAGUUUUGCGCGAAAAUAUCUUUCUUAUGAUAAUUUUCUUAUUGCUCACAAAAACAUGACAAUAGUUGUUUCUGUUUUUAUUUUGUAACUUAUGUUUCUGCUGAGUUUCUCUUUUUAUGGCGUAUAUAUAAUUUUUUCAAUUCGUUUUUUGUUUAUGUUGCCUAUACCUUUGUGACUAGGAAGUAUAUACAUACCUUAAUUAGGGGGUAUAAAUCGUGAAUAUGUUCAAGGUAAAAGCGUUUCAUUUUGGCUGAAUCUGAAACGUAUUUUGUACUGAUCAUUUUAGAUAUCACUAUAUGUGAACUUUGUAUCAUCUUAUGCCGAGUAACGAUUUUAAAGAAGUUUUAAACAUGCUGGUAUGAUUAUUCUAUAACAGCCAAUGGGAUUAUUUUAGUUCUAACGUGUAUACUUUUAAGUUUAUUUUUAUUUUUUUUAUAAAGCGCUGUACAUGAAUUGUUAACCAAUUAAGUCUCAUGUGAAAUGUUGUUUACAUUCUCUAUUGUACUUAAAUACAAAAGUAAUUAUGGAAUAUCAUAAUAUCAUCGUCAAUCAGAAUCAAAUUAAUUUUGAAUAUAACAGCUGAAUACAGAAUUCUUUUUCAACUUACCGAUACUCGAUCCUGGCGUCGAGUAUUGCUAGAGUCAUUGUCCGGAUUCGAGUUGGACUUCAGUCAUCUAAAAGGAAAGACUCGUACUUGCCAGUGAGAUUCAUUGGUUGACUUCAUAUUUGAGACUUGGAUGACCCGCGACUGGUUGUUAGAUUUCUACCCAACACUGUUAAUACAGUUUUCUUGUACCUUAUACUGCAAAACUAUGGUGCUGGCCUUGUUCCAUUAUUGUUUGUACAUUUUUAUUUGAUUUUUCGUGUACUGUCACUAUGUUUGUACCGAAGCUGAAAUAUUAGAUCGAAAUAAAAAAACGUUUUCCAUAUAUCCACACUAUGUUAUUUUCAACGGACCCUAAUGCACUUUAUUAGCCUCAGAUUUUAAGUUGUCGCGGUAGCGCUCGUCUCAGAGAAACUGUGAUUUGGUUGCCAAUUGGCGAGUCUUACUUAAAUACAUCUGUCUUUCUGCACCAUUGAAUACGGUAGAUCAAUUCAUACUGUUGUAAAGUUUGGCAACAUAAAGUCUAGUUAUACAGUAUUCAUACAGCGCACUGUAUACAUAUAAUGAGUCGCAAUAGAUAAGACACAUUUUUCCAAGAGCAAUUUGUCCAUUUGCAAAUGUAAUUUUAUGUGCACAAUUUAUUGUUUUACUGUGUCAGAAUGUCUAUUUUCUAUAUUGCUGUCACAUUAGUAUUAUUACGUGUAUUUACUUCAAUUAAACAAAUUUUGAUUGAAGACUGUUUUUGAUUGCAUGCUUCCGAA